GGACCCUAAUUCCUGUUGGAUUGGACCUUGACAUCUGAUUAGUCUGUCCCAGCAUCCCGCCACUGCUGCGAGGGUCUUGAACUCACGAGUCACAGGGCCUGCAUAUUAUUUCUGGUCGCUGUCACCUGAACAAUUGGAAAGAAUCCAGCGAGCCUUCGGCGCCUUGCUAGCGUGUUUACAUGGCUUCUCCAACAUCCAGUAGCGAACCCUCGGAUGUGCGGACUGAAUCUGCCUCUUCGCCUUUAUCGAGUAAUGGCGUCAUUGGAGAACCUGAAUUGGCAGGGAUUCCAACUCGAGGGACUGGGAUCGUGCCCCUAGGAACGGCCACCACCGGCAGUGCGAUCGUGCGGACUGGUCGGAUUUUGUUGGCUCCUUUGCCGAAUGUGAAGCCAAAGGUGUGGCAGUAUAGUGAAGAGCAGGAAGCGAAAACUGAGGAACUUCGAGCGUAUGCCAAGACGUUGAUGCUACCGGAGACUGAUGCAUAUUAUCCUAAUGAGAAGAAAUGGCUCGAGGAUCCCGGGUGCGCCGCGAGGUAUAUGAGGGCUAGCAAGUGGAGGCUCGAAGAGGCGAAGAGACGCAUAAAGGGGACACUUGAAUGGCGCCGGGAGUAUAAGCCCGAUAUCAUACCAGCGGAUGAGGUCAAGGAAGAAGCGCUCACUGGGAAGAUUAUCCUCAAUGGAUUUGAUAAUGAAGGAAGACCUAUAAUGUAUCUCCGACCAGGUAUGGAAAAUACGAAGGAAAGCCCAAGGCAAAUUAGACAUCUUGUAUUCCACAUAGAACGAGCGAUAGAUUUAAUGCCAUCGGGCCAAGAAUCUAUGGCGUGUCUGGUCGAUUACAACAGUACGACACUGCGAAACAGCCCUUCCAUCUCAAACGGGCGUAAAUUCCUGAGUAUUGUUCAGAAUCAUUAUGUAGAACGAUUAGGGAAGGCAAUCGUCGUGAACCUCCCUGCGCUUUUGAACUUCUUUUUUAAAGGGAUAUCGCCUUUUUUGGACCCUGUUACAAGAGAUAAGCAGAAAUUCAACCCUAAUCUGCUAGACCUUUUCCCUGCAAAUCAACUCGAUGCUUCCUUACCUGGUGGGGAAUAUCAGUACGAAUACGACCAUGAAAUAUACUGGUCAAUGCUAUGUAAAAGAUGUGGCGUCCGACCCGACGGGAGCCGAUGUGAGCCUAGCACAAUCGAGGGCCCGGAGAUCGAGGUUGUUACGUCAUCGCCGAUGCUUCAGCCUUGACUCGCAGCCAUCUCACUUUGUCUCAGGAAGGAACGGGGGAAGCAACUAGUGGUGGCGUUGGUGAAGAUCAUUGGGAGUUGGAAAAGAAGCGGUGGCAGGGGGUUGGUGGAGAGGGGAGUCCCAAAAGAAAGGGGUUCCGAUGCCGGCUGGCUCUGGCCUGCUUCCCUUCGGAGGCGGCCGAUGAUGAUCAUGGUUGCGAAAUGUUGCACUAAUAGU